GGGAAUAGUCCGCUUCCUCUUCUACUUUAAUGAAGCUGGUAGUCACACUCAUUCCGCCUAGCUAGCCUACCCUGCAGGAUUGUUGUUCUAGUUUGGGGAGGGGGGGAAUGAGAAUGGGAAGAGGAAGCGCCAUAUACGCCACUGUGAGCCUCCAAAAGAAAUAUAUGACAUAUAAGCUAUAAAUCUAACCGCGUAAUAAAUCAGAUGCCCGACUGGGAUCCGCGUUCAGGGCGAAGCUAGCCUUCCUUUAAAGUUCUUUUAAACCACCAGGGGGCGCCAUUGCCCUUAGCAGCAGCAGUUUCAUUUCGGCCAAUCCGGAGUCACUCCGGUUGAGUUUUUAGAGAUUCCGAAUCGCUCUCCGGCUUCCCGAAGGCUGACCUCGAUUUUUUUCGGGCGAGACGCAGCCGAGAGAAGGAAUCCGUCCUCCUCCCGCCAGCUACGAGGGGCGCAAGAUCCUCUCUUGAAUUUUGCCGGAGUUCAAGAAGUUUUCCCACGGCGGUAACCGCGGAGGAAAGCAAAGGGGAGGAGAAGAUCGCACGGUCCGGAAAAGGGGAGGAGAAGAUCGCACGGUCCGGAGCAAAGCCAGGGGCUGCCUAUCCGACCUGCCCGUCUCCCGGUUCCGCGGAUGCUUGGCCAAACAUCCAGGAUGGAGAAGCUGGGGGUGGCCCUGCGCAGCAACAGCCUGACCUUACCCGAAAUCAGCUGCAUCCCUGAUAUGUCCGGAAAAAACCGAAAGAGCAAAAGGAGGAUGUCAGAGCAGAAAAAGUCCUACAGCCUGGAAGAGUUUGUUGCCGAGGGGUUCCGAAAUGAACACAAUGCACUUUUGACUCGAUCCAAAACAUACGAUGCGUCUGUCUCCAAAGACGUUGAGAAGGAAACAGUUUCUCUCCAGAGAAGGACUUCUGUCUCUGAUCUGGUGAAGCAUGCCGUGAAUUUCCACCGUGUCUUCAAAGAUCUCUCUGAAGAGAGGGACCUCCUGGGAACAUUUUCGUGUUCCUGGCAACGAGAGAUGCCUUAUUAUGGCCGCCUUUACGUCACUAACAAUCAUAUCUGCUUCUACUGCAGCGUGCUUCGACGGGAAGUUAAGGUUAUCAUUCCGGUGCCGAAUAUCAGUGUCCUAAAGAAAGCCAACACAGCCUUGUUGGUACCCAAUGCCAUUUGCAUCCGUACGACUGAAGGAGAGAAGUUUCUGUUUAGCUCCAUCCGGUCACGGGAAAGUGCCUACCAGCUCCUGCGCUCCGUUUGUAAACAUCUCGAGGACAGCAGUCAGAAUAACAGUCCAACUGCACCUCCCAUCAACUCAGACCAUCUCCUGAAGGUACCCUUGAACUCUAAGGAAUCAGAUGCAAAUUACAACGUUCCAGAGAAAACAGACGUGGAAGACAGGAUCCAGAUACCUUAUGAAGCGUCUUGCGAGCAGCAACAGCAGGUGACAAAACAGCAAAAGGCAGGGCAGACAACGAAGUCAGUCGCCAACCGGAGGACUUCACUGUGCCGUUUCAACACAGUUAUAACCAUCUACCUCUUUUUGGUCGUUCUCCUACUUUGUUCUUCGGGCUACAUUGGUCUGCGUAUCAUCCAGCUGGAAGAACAGUUGAUUUCCAUGGGGGCUUGGCCUGAACUGGACCUUCAGCAUCAAUAUAAGCGAAGCUGAGGAAUAAUCCUGUUCCAGGCAUUUAUGCUAGGUGAUGCUGAAACUGACAUUUCUGUGAUGGUUGUUUUUUUGCUGAUCACAACUUAAAGGAGAAACAGAAUUUUCCUCAGUCCUCAAUCGUCAAGCUCAACCACGCAAGAUCUUACAACGUCGAAUUUGUUCAAGGUUAUUUUUCCCCCCAGCUUCUCUGGAAAUAGAGGGGGGAGGUUCCCCCCAAGAAGUAGAGAAUAUAGAAAGAUAACUUUUAAAGGGUUUCUGUGCACCAUGCAAGAUUUGGAGACUGACCCGCCAUGGAUCUAUCGUGUGCCUUGAGAAGCCAAAAUUUAGUAACUUUUUUAUUCCUAACAUUUCCAUGUAAAAGACGAUGGGGAAAGUGAAGCACGUCUCUUUUAGUGGAAAAAAACUCUACCUUCCUGUGUGGAAAAAAACUCUACCUUUCCCCCUUCCUCUCUUUUUUAAAGGCCAGGGAAGGUAUGUUUUAUCAUCUUGCACCCACGUAAUAUUUUUGUAACUAGCAUAAGUGGGUGGUUUAAGAGGCUUAUGCUUUCACCGACACCUUUACUGUUGACUCUACCUCCAAAGUUCAGAAUGUUGGGGUGUUAUUAAUGUUUAAAGAAAGCAACUGUGGAGUCUCUAUGUUCAAACAUGAUCUACCACAAAGUAGAAACUGUUAAGAGCUGAGCCGGGAAAAGGGCUGGCCCUUCAAAUCCUGCUUGAGGUAACCCGCUGGCAUUUCAGAUGGAGAAGAAUGGCUGUGUUCCUGAUGUGGCCCUCUUGAGUUCUACGUUCAGUUGAAAAUCUGUUAAAGAUUGUUUUAAAAUAUCAAGGAUUAUCCCCUCUCCCCUUCUCUGUCUGCCCUUCCCCUACACCCAGAACCAGCAUUUUCAGGGACAAAUUGGACUUUGACUCAUGACAUAUAUCUUAUUUUUAAAAUAUCAGCCGUUUGGGCAUAAAUUAAAUCCAGUUAUUUAUAAUGCAAAGUAGCAUUUCUCUUUUAUUAAACUUGCUGGAAUACA